AUGAGCGCAGAAGAGACCGAGACCGAAGUUCCCAACGUUGAACCUAUUGCUACAUUUGCAUCGUUGGGUGUCAUCCCCCAACUCUGUGAAGCAUGUACAAGAUUAGGCUUCAAAGGUCCUACUGAUAUACAAAAGGAAGCCAUUCCAACUGCUUUGAGAGGUCAAGAUGUUAUUGGGCUAGCUCAAACAGGAUCAGGCAAAACAGCCGCUUUCGGAAUACCGAUAUUACAGUCCUUAUGGGAGGCUCCACAGCCUUUCUUUGCCGUUGUGCUGGCUCCUACUCGUGAAUUAGCCUUCCAAAUAGCAGAACAAAUGGAAGGUCUAGGAGUAGUCAUGGGCGUCAAAUGUGCCGUCAUUGUCGGUGGAAUGGACAUGAUGGCUCAAUCUAUCGCUCUAGGCAAGAAACCACACAUAAUCGUCGCUACUCCCGGUCGUCUAGUCGAUCAUUUAGAAACUACAAAAGGGUUUUCGCUAAAGAGUCUCAAAUAUCUGGUCAUGGAUGAAGCUGAUCGGUUGCUGGAUAUGGAUUUUGGGACUGAGAUUGAAAAGAUCUUGAAGGUUGUUCCUAGAGAGCGUCAUACGUAUCUGUUUUCUGCUACCAUGACUAGCAAGGUGGAGAAGUUGCAGAGGGCGUCGUUGGUUGAUCCGGUGAAGGUGUCUGUUGAUACCAAGUAUUCGACCGUAUCAACCCUCCUCCAAUACUACCUCUUCUUCCCAUUCAAACACAAGGAAGUUCAUCUCGCAUACCUCUUAAACGAAAUAACAGGCCAAACAGUCAUUGUAUUCACCACAACAGUAUCAACAACGCAGAAACUAGCCCUCAUGUUACGUAAUUUGGGCUUCCCGGCUGUCUGUCUGCACGGUCAAAUGCCGCAAACGAAACGAUUGGGUGCUCUGAACAAGUUCAAAUCUGGAGGCCGUAAUAUACUGAUUGCUACCGAUGUCGCAUCUCGUGGUUUGGAUAUUCCGGGAGUUGAUGUGGUUAUAAACUAUGAUGUGCCUAUGAGUAGUAAGGAUUAUAUUCAUCGGGUGGGACGUACAGCUCGUGCUGGUAAAGCUGGGAAAUCUGUUACGUUGGUUACGCAGUAUGACGUAGAACCCUUUCAGAGAAUCGAACACACUCUAUCCAGAAAACUCGAAGAGUUCCCACUACCAGGCGGCAAAGAUGCUGUCUUGUUACUACAAGAACGUGUCGCUGAAGCUGUUCGUAUGGCUCAUAUUCAAAUGAAGGAAGACUCGUCUGAUCGCAAGACAAAGAAACGUGGUCACGGUGGUGACGAUGACGGGCAAGCAGAUCAUGAUGGACGAGAUGAUGAAGAACGUAAUAAUUCAAAAACUUCAUUCAAGAGGGGUAAAAGCAGUCACGGGUCAUCACGUGGAGGAGGACGUGGUGGAAGUCGCGGAGGAACUCGUGGUGGUAGAGGUGGUGGUAGAGGUCGCCAUUGA